AUCAGAUACGCUGCUACUUUGGUGAAACCAUCGCGCUCUACUUUGGCUUCUUAGAGUACUUCACAUUUGCUUUGAUUCCAAUGGCUGUCAUUGGGAUUCCUUAUUACGUGUUUGCAUGGGAAGACUAUGACAAAUAUGUGAUGUUUGCCACAUUCAAUCUGCUCUGGUCCACUGUGAUACUGGAAGUUUGGAAGCGGAUUUGCGCCAUCAUGACAUACCGUUGGGGGACGCUGUUGAUGAAGAGACAGUUUGAAGAACCACGACCAGGCUUCCAUGGUGUCCUGGGUAUCAAUCCUGUCACUGGGAGGGAGGAACCAGUGUACUCGAGUAUUAAGAGACAGAUACGGAUUUAUCUGGUGUCCUUACCAUUUGUGUGCCUUUGCCUCUACUUCUCACUGUACGUGAUGAUGAUUUACUUUGACUUGGAACAGUGGGCUCUGGAUUAUCAUGAAGAGAAUGAGUCUAAAUUCAGCAGCUUGAUGCUCUUUGUGCCCAGUAUCAUAUAUGCUGUUGUGAUUGAAAUUAUGAACCGUAUCUAUCGGUAUGCUGCUGAAUUCUUAACAUCAUGGGAAAAUCACAGACUGGAAUCUUCGUAUCAGAAUCAUUUAAUUCUGAAGGUUUUAGUGUUCAACUUCUUAAAUUGUUUUGCAUCUCUCUUCUACAUUGCCUUUGUGCUGUUUGAUAUGAAGCUUUUGAGGCAGAGCUUGGCGACUUUGCUGAUAACUUCGCAGAUCCUUAAUCAGUUUGCAGAAUCCUUGCUUCCUUACUGGCUCCAAAAGAGACAUAAGAAGAGGAUGAAGAAACGCAUGUGUUUUCUGAAAACAGAUACGGACCUGUCAUUAGUCGAACAAGUCAACUUGGAGAAAGAAAUGGGCACUUACUUU